UUCGGUGGGCUGAUCAGUUGAAUUGACGUCGUCGGCGAGUCGAGAAGCCAAACGCGGAAACGCCUCAGUGAAUCAAGUGAACAGAGCCGAGAACCUGAGCUGAGUGUUAAGAAACCUUAAGUGUGGCUUUGCGCGCUCGGUGUUUAUUCGUCUUGACAUAAAUCAGAGCAAUUUGCAGAUCGCUUUUUUUCUGCCAGCUGCGUGGUGAGUGAGCCAACCUCAGCGGCGACUAUUGUGCAGUGCAGCUUUCAAAUCCAUCUCAGUGUGGUAAUUUUUCCGCUGGCUAAUUGUGCAAGUAAAACAAAAAUUCAAAACAACAACCACGCUUCGUCUAGUCGGCAAUAGUGCCUGUGCGUCUGUGUGUAUCUGUGUCCGCUCAAUCUUUGCUCAAUCGCAAUCUUUGGGCAUUGCCAAAACAGGUUAACUAAAAGCAAACGUGUUCUUUACGUUUCUGUUGACUUUGCCAGCCGCAAAGCCAAAAGUUAGUCAGCAAAAAACGAAAUAGAAACAAAUAAAAAUUCGAGGAAACCCAAUAGCACACAGUUCCUGCAAAUUCGUGGAGUAAAAGCAGCUGCUGCAGUCGAAGAACCUCGAGGAGCCCAGGAAACAGGACCGCCGCGAAAUGGACGCCGCUGCCGACGGAGUACCGCCAACGGCGCCAGCUGCCGCGGCGACGACGGCCAACAGCGAUCUGGACCUGGCGGCACGUCGGCGACUCUUCAUCUCACAGCCCUCGACGCUGGCGACGCGCCGCCAGCAGGCGGUUUGUGUGCGGCGGGCCCACAAGAUGUACGGCAGCAGCAAGAACCCCAACGUCGUCCUCGACGGGCUGAACAUGACAGUGCCCAAGGGAUCCAUAUACGGUCUUCUGGGAGCCUCUGGAUGUGGGAAAACCACGCUGCUGAGCUGCAUCGUCGGUCGACGUCGCCUCAACUCUGGCGAGAUUUGGGUGCUCGGCGGACGACCCGGAUCGCGCGGUUCCGGUGUGCCAGGACCCCGGAUUGGCUAUAUGCCACAGGAGAUAGCCCUUUACGGCGAGUUCACGAUGCGUGAGACCUUAAUCUACUUCGGCAUCAUUUCGGCGAUGCCCAAAAGCGACAUCGAGGAUCGCACAGAAUUCCUGCUCAAAUUGCUCAAUUUGCCAAAUGCCUCCAAAUUUGUCAAGAAUCUGAGUGGCGGCCAGCAGCGCCGAGUGAGUCUGGCCGUGGCCCUGCUCCACGAGCCGGAGCUCCUCAUCCUGGACGAGCCCACGGUGGGCGUGGACCCCGUUUUGCGACAGAGCAUAUGGGAUCAUUUGGUGGACAUUACGAAAAAUGGUCACACUACUGUGAUAAUCACCACGCAUUACAUCGACGAGUGUGCCCAGGCGCAUAUGAUUGGUCUCUUGCGUGGUGGCAAAAUGCUGGCAGAGGAGUCCCCGGAUUAUCUGAGGCAGCAAUAUAGUGCCGACUCUCUGGAGGAUGUCUUCCUGAAGCUCUCCGUCUUGCAGAACAUGGGAAAGCGCCGACGAUCGUCGAUAGCUCAGGAAAUUGUGGAACAGGUGACGGUACCGGCAAUCUCCAAUCCCGCCUUGGACAUGUCCGAUGAGCAGCACGCCGCCGAAAUUUCCGGAGAAUUCGGAGAUAACAUUUCCAUGUCCUCGGCUGCCCGAGAUCCGAUCAGUACCACCGCCCCCGCAGCUCCUCCGCUGCCUCCUCCCCAGGAGACACCCACUUCCUUCUGGUACAACCUCCAUGUUAUGCAGUCGCAUCACCUGCACGCCCUCAUCUGGAAGAACUUCUUGUGGAUGAUGCGCAACGUGGGGGUGAUGCUGUUCAUCGUGGGCCUGCCGGUGGUGCAGAUACUGCUCUUCUGCUACGCCAUCGGCCAUGAUCCCACUGGCCUCAAAUUGGCCGUGGCGAAUCACGAGAUGUCGGGGGAAAUGAUUAUGGAACAAUUCUGUCCAGUGCACACCGGAUGCAAUCAGACGAUGCUGAGCUGCCGUUAUCUCGAUAUGCUGGUCAAGAACAAGAGCAUGGUUGUGAAAUAUGUGACCGACGAUGAGAUGGCCUACGAAGAAGUGAGGAAAGGCAAAGCCUGGGCGGCUCUAGUGAUCCAAUCGAACUAUACAGCUUCUCUGAUGGAACGCGUAGAAGAUGGUCGCUAUGCAGAGGAUGGCACUAUUGAGGCCUCCGAUCUGGCAGUGCGCAUGGAUUGGUCCAACCAACAAAUCUCCCAGCUGCUGUACCGCGAUCUCCAGUACACCUUCUUCAACUUUGUGGGCGACAUGCUGAGCGCCUGUGAUGUCAACCCCAAACUGGGACGUGUGCCCGUGGACUUCCAGGAGCCCGUAUACGGCUACCGCAAUCCCAACUUCACGGACUUUGCUGCCCCGGGCGUCAUCCUGACCAUCAUCUUCUUCCUGGCCGUGGCUGUUACCUCGGGAGCCAUGUUGAUCGACCGGAAUGAAGGCAUGUUGGAGCGGUGUUUGGUGGCUGGGAUCACGGGUCCUGAGAUCCUCCUCUCCCAGGUGGUCACCCAGUUUACGGUGAUGCUGAGCCAGACCAUCUUCGUGCUGAUAGUUAGCUUUUACUUCUUCGAACUGACCUUGGUGGGAAAUAUUUGGCUAGUGGUGGCCCUAUGCAUUCUGAAUGGACUGUGCGGCAUGAGCUUUGGAUUUGUCAUUUCCUGUGCCGUGGAUACGGAGAGAACUGCCACAUAUGUGGCCAUGGGCUCCUUCCUGCCCAUCGUUAUGCUGUGCGGCAUUAUCUGGCCCAUCGAGGGCAUGUUCCCACUGCUACAGUUCUUCACAGCCUUCCUGCCCCUCACGAAACCCACGGAGUCCAUGAGGUCCAUCCUGCAGCGCGGCUGGGGCAUCGACAAUCCCGUCGUCUACAACGGCUUCAUUUCGAUUUCCUCCUGGGUUCUGGUAUUCCUCGUACUUACCAUCCUGCUGCUCAAGUUCAAGAAGGGUUAGGGCCUAAUCUGGGUUUAUCCAAGCCAGGAAAAGUGUGAUGAUACAUUGGAGGUCAAAUAUCCAUAAAGAAAGUCAAAAUUGUAUAUUACCCCAGCCAGAAGCCUUAGCUUAGCUUUGUUUCUCUAAAUCUUCCUAGCCCCAAUAUCACACUUUUCCUGUUUCCAUUUCUUAUGAUUUUACUAGGUUUUAAGGGUAGACUUACGCUCUCUUAGCCAGUAAUUAGUGCUUAGUCCUAGCCCUCCUCCACUGGCAAAUAGGUUCCGGAUCACCACUACCACUAAGUAUGGAAAUUGUUGUGCCUUGUAGUAUAAGCCUUCCCAUUUCAUCUUCUAUACACUCUCAUAGCAACCAUUCACCGCACAAAAGACGACAUCGAAACAUUCUAUUUAUGUUGUAAGCUUGUGAACGAAAUUCCGAAAGUUUGAAUAAAUUGAUAGAAAAACUUUGCCGAGA